AUGGCUCUUUUAAGUGGUGUUGUACUUGUAACAAUUUUUAGUGUUGUUUUAUCGAGAUCCAUUAUAUCUAGUGAUCCAUUUUUUGGUCAACCAGAACAAAUUCAUCUAUCUUAUGGACUCAAUCCAACACUUAUGAUUGUUACAUGGGUAACAUUAAAUGAAGUCAAUGAAUCUGUUGUUGAAUAUGGUCAACUUGAUAUGUUUGAUAAACGAGCAACUGGUUCUGUAAGUAUUUUUCAAGAUAGUGGUACUGAACAACGACGUGAAUAUAUACAUCGUGUUGUUCUAUAUGAUUUAAUACCUGGUCAAAAAUAUUUUUAUCAUUGUGGUAGUAAUGAAUAUGGUUGGUCACCUUUAUUUUGGUUUACAGCAAUGCGUAAUGAUUCAGAUUUUGUUGUUCGUAUGGCUGUUUAUGGUGAUAUGGGAAAAGAUAAUGCUCAAUCCAUGGCACGUCUUCAAGAAGAGACUCAAUUAGGUCAUUUUGAUCUUAUUUUACAUGUUGGUGAUAUGGCAUAUGAUAUGAAUGAUGAUAAUGCUCGUUUCGGUGAUCAAUAUAUGAAUUCAAUUCAAUCGAUUGCUGCUUAUAUUCCAUAUAUGACUUGUCCAGGAAAUCAUGAAAAUGCUUAUAAUUUUUCUCAAUAUACUGCAAAAUUUAGUAUGCCAUCAUCAUAUAAUACAUAUGGUGGUGAUGCUAAUCAUUUUUAUAGUUUUAAUGUUGGUCCUGUACAUGUAAUUGGUUUUUCAACUGAGUUUUAUUAUUAUCUUGAAUAUGGUUUUGAACAAAUUAUUAAUCAAUAUAAAUGGAUUGAAGAAGAUUUAAAAAAAGCUAAUCAACCAGAAAAUCGUGCUAAACAACCAUGGAUUGUUACAAUGGCUCAUAAACCAAUGUAUUGUAGUAAUAACAAUGAUGAUGAAUGUCUAUAUGCUGAUGGAUAUAUUUUUAUUCGUGUUGGUCUUCCAUUUAUUCAAGCAUAUGGUUUAGAAAAAUUAUUUGCACAAUAUGGUGUUGAUCUAGAAUUCUGGGCUCAUGAACAUAGUUAUGAACGUUUAUGGCCAGUCUAUAAUAAAACCGUUCAUAAUGGUACACUAGGUGCUUAUAUCGAUCCAGAUGCUCCAGUACAUAUUAUAACUGGAUCAGCGGGUUGUAAUGAACGUCAUGAUCCAUUUGGUGUUCCUCGACCAUGGACAGCAUUUCAGAAUGAUGAUUAUGGUUAUACACGAAUGAAUGUAUAUAAUUCUUCACAUCUAUAUUUAGAACAAGUAUCCGAUGAUCAGGGUGGAAAAGUAAUUGAUAGCAUGUGGUUAAUUAAAUCUAAACAUGGUCCAUAUUCAUAUUUUUGA